CAAAUUACCCUAAACCAUAGGGACCAUUCGUGUAAUUUACUCUUAAUUUUAACGACUCUAUCAUAUUAGAGUUGUGAGUGUGAUAGAUAAGUAUGAUAUAAAGGAUUAACUUGUACACAUAAUUUGAAUUUUUGGAUAAUUAUUUCAAUUUCUGUUUGGUUUCAGGUAGAGGCCACCGGCCACCGCUUCCGAAAGCUUCUUUUUCAGUACACACUUCCAAGUUCCACGUCUCCAUGUAAAACUCUACCUCCCCUUCCACCGCAUAACCCUUCGUCUCUCUCUGUAACACUCUCUCCAAACGUGUCUGAUGUUUCAUGUUCAAUUCUGCGACCCAAGAGCUAUACAAAAUCAAUCGGAACUUGUUUCCUUCUCAUGAUCCACGAUAAUUCACACCACGGUUGGUUUUUUUCCGACUUCUCAGUCUGUUCUUGUUCUUGUUUAGUUGGAUAAUUGAAGAGAUUAACCAUGAAACGGACUAAAUUAGACGGGUUCAUGUCUUUCAGACAGAAAAGAUGGAUUCAAUUUCUGAUCGGCGUAGGGAUUUUGUAUCUGCUGCUCAUGGUCAAUUUCGAAGCACCCUUCCUGUUCAAAUCAGUUACUCGAGAAAAAGAUGCAGAACAAAGUUCUAGAAAUACCUUGUUCUUCACCGAAGGAUUGUCCAAGGAAUCGUUAGUCUUAGACAGUGAAGAAGAAUCCCCAAUUCGACCUCUGAAAGUCCCCCAUUAUGCUCCAUCAAAUCCUAGGCAUGUUGGAAAAAUCCGCGAAUUCAAAGCUUUAUCAAACUUGAAUUUUGACGUCGACUUUGUAAACACUACACCUGGAUUUGGGGGAAUUCAAACAUCUGCAAAAGAAGCUUUUCUCGUAGGGAAGAGUUUCUGGGAAGAAGUUGAAUCACCAUCGAAAAACAACAUAACAGAAGGUAUCAAAAACCAAACUAUCGAGACUUGCCCUGGUUCGAUUACGCUAUCAGGUUCUGGUUUCCGAAAAAAGGGAAACAUUAUCGUGCUUCCUUGUGGGAUGACAUUGGGUUCACAUAUAACUCUUGUCGGGAAACCUAGAAACGCUCAUUUUGAACAAGACCCAAAGAUCUCAUUGUUGAAACAGGGUGAGGUUUCACAGUUUAUGAUGGAGUUGCAGGGUUUGAAAACUGUUGAUGGGGAAGACCCACCAAGAAUUUUGCAUUUUAAUCCUCGAUUGAAGGGUGAUUGGAGUGGAAAACCUGUAAUUGAACAGAACACUUGUUACAGAAUGCAAUGGGGCAUUGCUCAUCGAUGCGAAGGAUGGAAGUCUAGGGUUGAAGAAGAGACUGUUGAUGGUAAGGUGAAAUGCGAGAAGUGGGUUCGUGAUGAUGAUGGUCACCUCGAAGAUUCAAAAGCAAAUUGGUGGUUGAAGAGAGUGAUAGGCCGAACCAAGGUGCCUUUUGAUUGGCCCUUUCCCUUUGUAGAAGGGAAGCUAUUUGUCCUCACUCUUAGCGUGGGUUUAGAGGGUUAUCAUGUCUAUGUUGAUGGCAGGCACAUCACUUCAUUUCCUUAUCGAACAGGAUUUGCAUUGGAGGAUGCUACGGGUUUGGCUUUGAAAGGGGACAUUGAUGUCCACACUAUACUUGCUGCCUCUCUUCCUUCUACACAUCCAAGUUUCGCACCCCAAAAACACCUUGAAAUGUCCCAAAAAUGGAAGGCGCCGCCUCAUCCAAGUGGGCCCAUCGAUCUGUUUAUUGGAAUUCUUUCAUCAGGAAAUCAUUUCGCCGAGCGAAUGGCAGUUAGGAAGUCAUGGAUGCAACAUGAUCUCAUCAAGUCUUCUCAUGUCGUUGCUCGUUUCUUUGUGGCACUCCACGCAAGAAAAGAAGUGAAUGUCGAGUUAAAGAAAGAAGCCGACUUCUUUGGCGAUAUCGUCAUUGUACCUUACAUGGAUCAUUACGAUCUCGUUGUUUUGAAAACCAUUGCAAUAUGCGAAUAUGGGGUUCAUACGGCUUCCGCAAAGUAUAUCAUGAAAUGUGAUGAUGACACGUUUGUUAGAGUCGACAUUGUUUUAAACGAGGCAAACAAAGUAAGCGAUGGCAAAAGCAUGUAUGUGGGAAACAUCAAUUACUAUCAUCAACCUUUACGCUAUGGGAAAUGGGCCGUAACAUAUGAGGAAUGGCCAGGAGAAGAUUAUCCACCAUAUGCAAACGGUCCGGGGUAUGUUAUAUCAUCGGAUAUUGCCGAGUUCAUAGCAUCGGAGUUCGAGAAGCAUAAAUUGAAGUUGUUUAAGAUGGAAGAUGUGAGCAUGGGAAUGUGGGUCGAGCAAUUCAACAAAAAGAAGCUGGUUGAUUACGUUCAUAGUUUGAAGUAUUGCCAGUUUGGUUGCAUAGAAGAUUAUUAUACAGCACAUUAUCAAUCUCCAAGACAAAUGGUAUGCUUGUGGAACAAAUUACAGCUUCUUGGACGACCAGAAUGUUGUAACAUGAGAUAGCGUCUUUGUAAAUUGUAACUUACAAUAGACACGUACAGAAUGAAAUUUUUUUCCAUACAAAAUGUAGGAAAUAAGAAAUUAGUAGCUUUUGGGGUUUUGAUAUUUUAAGCACAACAAAUGGUACAAUUUAGCUUCUACAACUGAAAUCCUGAGAGAGAGAGAGAGAGAGAGAGAGAGAGAGAGUCUAUAUGAUAAGUGAUGACGAUUCUUACUAAACAUUACACCGACUGAAAAAUGAGUUUGACUCUAAAAAUUGACUCACAAAUCUAGAAGUUAUCUGUAUCAUCAUCCUUAAUGGAACCAUCUUCAAAACCAGAACCUGGUGCAAGCUCAUUUAAAUCAAGAAACCUUCUUUUUCUUGCACCAUUUUCAUUCUCAAAUUCAUCUUCAACCGGACUAUCUAACUUCAUGGGUUCUUCCUCUUCCUGUUGGAUGUUUUUUUCAUGUUCUUGAAUCAUGGGUUCUUGUUCCUCUAUCUUCAUCUCUUCAUGAUCACGAUCGUUGUUCUCACCUUCAGUGUCGUUAUCAUCACUGCUUCCCAUUGAGAAUCCGGAUUUCUCUUCGCUCGAUUCCGAGUGUUUAUCGGAGCUCUCCGAAGUCUCCGGCUUUGCUGAUUCCGGUUCCGGUUCCGUAUCGGAAAACUCGUAUUGUUUGUAAUCGAUACGGUUCCGGGUGGCCCGUCUGCUGCGUCUGGGGCCCGAUUUGGAUUCAUUCACCGAUCUCAACUUUGUUCCUCGCCUGGUCCGGGGUAAUUUCUUGUAUCUUUUUGGGCUAUCAUCAUCACUGUCUUCUUCUUCACUUUCAUUUAAAGAAUCUUCUCCUUCAUCUUCAUCUUCUUCAUCUUCCUCAUUGUUAUCACCAUCCCAUCGAUACUCUUCAUCUCCUUCUGAACUACUCGACACCUUCCUUCUUUCUUUUCUUCUCUUUAAAUAUUCUUCAUCGUACACAGCUUCACCAACUAUAUCAUCAUCAUCAUCGUCGUCUUCUUCUUCAUCAUAAUCUGUUUCAACAAACUCAUGUGCGGAGUACCGUUGAGGCCUCUCUCUCCUCCGAUUACUAAAAAUGUAAAAUGACGAUUUUAGCCGUGGACUUUACGAAAGGAAAAGUCGAAAGAAUAUACCUACCUGCGGUCCAAUUGUUCGGAUUUAUGAUCGGAAUCACUUCCGACGUCGUUUAGUGAAUCGGGCGAUGGAGGGGUAAAUGUGGAAUUAUGUGUGGGGGCUGAGGGUGGACCCCAUCUACCGUUUUGGGAAGCUUCGUGUGAUUGUGAGUGUCUCAAACCUUCUCUUCUUACAGUAUGUUCCGGAGAAGGUUGCUUCCUUCUGGUUAUCUUGAUGGCCUCGUUGAUUGAUCGGUCAUAAUCAUCAAAUGUGUAGGAGACUUGUUUUCUACCACGAAGGGAUCGGCCGGGACCCAGUCCAUCCACAAU